AUGUCUUCACCAACCUCUACCACUUCCAAUACCCAAAAAUCAUCCAGCGAACAACAUCGUCCAUACAUAUUUAUAAACUCCAACGACCCCGUAAAUCCUAACAAAAUAAUCUCGUCCACAGACGACGAUAAAAACGGCGGCAAUGAGUCCUCCCUCGCACAACCGUUUUUCAAGCUUCCAUUCCCACCAAAAUUCAGCCUCGAAGACUUGCUGGUCACCACAAAGAAAGAUGAAUCUACUAGAAGCAAAAUGCCCAAUGCAUUUAUUAUUUAUCGACGUGCGUUUGUGAAGACGGCUCGUGAGGAAGGGUAUCGGUUGCCGAUGACUAUGGUCUCGACGAUGGCUUCCCAGUCGUGGAAGUUGGAGUCAGCUGUUGUUAAAACAGAGUAUAAACGUGUGGCGAAGUUGGCUAAAGUUCAGUAUGAAUUAAGUGUAAAACAUGAGGACGACAAAAAUAGUAGUAGUAAAGCUAAAUCUAAAUCUGUCAAAAAACAAUCAAGAGCUGCAAGCUCUUCUCCAUAUAAAGCAUCAGUGCCACAAAAAGAAAAUAAAAAUUCAUUCCCAUCUUCUCCUCAAUUAGAUGACAAUAAUAAAGAUUCAUUAUCAUCUUCUCCUCAAUUAGACGACAAUAAUAAUCCUCCUUUUGACCCCUUUUCCUCACUAACACCAUCGCCAUCUUUAAUACACUCGCCUAUUUCACCGCAUUCUCCAAUCACCCCAUUAACACCAUAUUCAUCGCUACCGGAACACCAACAAGAAUCAAUGUCUUCAAUAUUCAGUACAGCUUCAGCACAAUUCUUUGAUAGUAAUUCGAUAAAAGCUUGUUCGAAAAUUGAUGACUUCGCUGCGCCUUUUAUUUACGAGUUUGAAGAAUUUUUGAAUGAACACGAUGAUGACAAUAGCAAUAGUAAUACUGAUAGUGAUGAGUUUAGUUUGUUUUUCGAAGUGUUAUAG